AUGCUUGUUGAAACAGCCCCCGACUUCUACAGUGCUCGUCAAGCUUUACGCGCCCAAACUGCCAAACUAGUCAGCGCAAGGCCCACGUGGGGUGCCACGAGCGAGUUGAUCAUUCGCAACACAUACAUCGUCUUCAACAGUGACCGACAGCCCGUGUUGCGCUACGAGAUUGAUGCAAUAUUUCCUGAGGACGGAGAUGUAAAUAAUAUGGGGAAUCACGCUAGUGCAAUGCCUGCUCCGCCUGUACACUACGGCAUAUAUGCUCACUUCAAGUGUGAUACCGUAGACGGAGUAGAGCAUUUCUACAUUGGUGGUAUCCAGAGCCUAGGUGAAGCCGUUUCGGCGAUGAAGCAGGCAGUAAAAGCAGCUUUACCUCAUCAUCAUGGAGUCAACAUGUUUGAUAAGAGAAUUGAGCUAUCAGGUCAGAAGGGUCAGGUGCAACAACGCUACACCAUCGAAGAGGGUACGAGGGACGAGAAUGGUAAUUUCCUUCGAAAAGCGGGUUCGGACACAGAGCAAGCUUUUGUCGCAUCAGCCAGGCCUGGAGAAAGCGGCUCUAGAAACCCUGUCCUCCGACUGUCUAGUCCUGAGGAGCUCGAAAAGCCAAUCCAACAGCAUUUCCAAUCAUUUUUGUCCGAAGUCAAACUUCAAGUUCAAGCUCCAUAUACAUCUUCGACUCCAGUCCCCCAGACAAUGCACCAACAGGCUCAGGCGCUACAGCCAGAAGCUGACCAAGACCAACAAGAAGAAAAUUAUUGCAUCUGUCGUCUCCCGGACGAUAGGAGUUUCAUGGUCGCGUGUGGGAAUGAGCAGUGCCCGAUAGAAUGGUACCAUGGUAGAUGCGUAAACAUCCAACCGUUGGACGUGAUUGACAAGGAAUGGUAUCGCGAAAGUUGUAGAUAUGGGCAGCAGAACAACAUGGGAAGGGGAAAGGGCAGGACUCCGGCAAAGAAUCCUCCGAAGAGGAGUGGUGGCGGAGGGCGUACCAAGACAAAGAGCAAAAAGUGUGAAUCUGGCUCGGGGAUGGUUCCGGGUUGA